CUGUAUUAAUCUAGGACAUAUCGACGGACAACAACAACCUGAGCUGCGACCAUCGGCUCAACUCUGCUUGGGCAUCUUCAACUACAACAUGGGCCGACUCUUCACGGUAGCAACAUGCAGUCUCAACCAGUGGGUUAUGGACUGGGAGGGCAAUCGAAAGAGGAUAGUCGAGUCGAUAAAGAUUGCCAAAGAACGCGGUGCCCGUUUCCGAACGGGCCCUGAACUAGAAAUCACCAGCUAUGGCUUGCUCGAUCACUGUCCUCGAAUCCGACACCUACCUCCAUGCCUGGGAGCAGAUGGCCAUCAUCAUGGCCGACACUUCGCUCCACGGCAUCGUCUGCGACAUCGGCAUGCCCAUCAUGCACCGCAACAACCGCUUCAACUGUAGAGUCAUCAUCUUGGACGGCCGCAUCCUCUUUAUUCGCGCCAAGCUGUUCCUGGCAAAUGAUGGCAACUACCGCGAGAACCGCCACUUUAUUCCUUGGGGACGUCCCCAGCACGUCGAGGACUACUACCUACCCCAGAUGAUCCAGAAUCUGCAGGGCACCAAGAAAGUCCCGAUCGGUGACAUGGUCCUGAGCACACCAGAUACCUGUCUAGGCUUUGAGACCUGUGAAGAGUUGUUUACGCCCCAAUCGCCUCACAUCGACAUGUCGCUAAAUGGAGUCGAAGUCAUCACCAACUCUUCGGGUUCCCACCACUCCCUUCGAAAACUCCAAACAAGGUUAAGCUUGAUCACAGAGGCGACGAGGAAAUGCGGUGGCGUGUAUCUCUACAGCAACCUUCAGGGAGGCGAUGGUGACCGGCUGCUCUACGAUGGCGGCAGUAUGAUUGUUGUAAAUGGCGAGGUUGUUGCACAGGGCAGUCAAUUCAGUCUCAACGAUGUUGAGGUCGUGACAGCGACCAUCGAUAUUGAGGAAGUCCGAGCAUACCGAAGUUGCAUCAGUCGUGGUCAUCAAAGCAUCAACGCGCCUACGUACGAGAGACAUGAGACAGACUUUAGCCUUGGACUGCCAGACGCAGAACUGGACCUCAACAUAUCACCUACUCCGCGGGUGGAGAUUAGAAUACACCGACCUGAGGAGGAGAUAAUGCUAUCUGCGUCAUGCUGGCUGUGGGACUAUUUGCGACGAAGUGGCGCCGCUGGUUUCUUGAUCCCCCUAUCUGGUGGCCUAGACAGUUGCAGUACAGCAACUUUAGUCUUCUCUAUGUCGGUCCAAAUAUGUAAAGCACUGGAACAAGGCAACGAACAAGUCAAAGCGGACGUCCAACGAAUUGCCGGCGUCUAUGAGGCAGAAGGGUGGCUACCAAAGUCCCCUCAAGAGCUCACUUCAAGACUACUCGAAACGGUCUUCAUGGGCAUGAAAGAGCAAUCCAGCACCGAAACCCGCACGCGCGCCGCCGACCUCUCUACCGCCAUUGGCAGCAAACACACCGACAUGAACAUCGACGCCAUGUUCCACGCCUUCCGCGACACCUUUGCCGCCUCCACCUCCUUCACCCCCAACUUCCGCAGCGCCGGCGGCACGCCCGCCGAGAACCUCGCGCUGCAAAACAUCCAAGCCCGCUCCCGCAUGGUCACCGCCUACCUGUACGCCCAACUCCUGCCCACGGUGCGCCAGCGGCCCGGCGGCGGCGGCCUGCUCGUCCUAGGCUCCGGCAACGUCGACGAGUGUCUGCGCGGCUAUCUCACGAAAUACGACUGCUCGAGCGCAGACAUCAAUCCCAUCGGCGGAAUCUCGAAAACCGACCUCAAAGCCUUCCUCACCUGGGCGAGCACUUCUCUCUCCCUCCCCAUCCUGACUUCCUUCGUCGAAGCCACCCCCACCGCCGAACUCGAGCCCAUCACCGCCGAAUACACCCAGUCCGACGAGGCCGACAUGGGCAUGACUUACCACGAACUCAGCAUCUUCGGGCGCCUGCGCAAGGAGCGCAAACUCGGCCCGUUUGGCAUGUGGCAGGCGCUUGUUUUCCAGUGGAAAGACGAAUUCUCGCCCAAAGAGGUCGCGGAUAAGGUCAAGCGCUUUUACCACUAUUGGGCGAUCAAUCGCCACAAGAUGACGGUUAUGACGCCCAGUCUGCACAUGGAGGAUUACUCGCCCGAUGACAAUCGCUUUGAUUUGAGGCCGUUUUGCUAUUUUCCGUUUUAUAGGAGUUGGAGCUUCAAGAAGAUUGAUGAGGGGGUCGAGAGGUUGGAGAGGGCGGCUGCGGGGAAGUAGGGGGAGGAUGUGUACCUCUGUAGUGGAAAUGUAGAAGUUUAGAGUAUCGGGGUGUUCAUGACAAAUAUCCAACAUCGAAUCAACAGACUUUUCGUACGCAAACAAA